AUGAGCUGGACACAGAGUACGGUGAUCGACCUCACCGAGGAAUCACCGCCUGCUCGCACGCAUCCUGCACCGUCAACAUUGGGCACUGACACCCACAUCCUCGACUGGUCUUCCGGCUCCCGCUCCGAUCGACCACCGGCGCAUAGCGGUACCCGCAAUGCUGCCUCUUCCUCCAGUGGUACGGAUCCAUUCAGGCAUGCAGCUGCGCCCAUCGUUGUCGGCAGCGAUGACGAAGAUGACGACGACAACAGCUUCACCGUUACGGGUCUUUCUGGUCCUGCCAGAAGCUCUCAUCCCCUUCAAAGAUCCUUAUCAUUGGAUCAACACCGCUUGCAUCGUUCGUCUGCUGGACCUUCUACGUCAACAACCUCGUUGCGCUUCCACGAUGGCAUUGGCCGCGGGCCCCAUGGCGCUGGAUCACGCAUUUCGCAAAGCAUAGGUCUUCUCAGCUCGUCUGCGUCCGCAAGACAUCCGCUGCUACCGCAACGACGCGCAGCGAUACCUUCUACAACUACCACCACAGUACGACGCAGCACAAACGCCAGUCCCGACACCAACUACUUUCCGCGCUUGACCGAAGAUUUUACCUUCAGCGGACUUGGCUACAGCCAAGUGCUAGGCAAUCUGCUGCGCGGCUUGCACAACAGAGGACAUCAGAACCAGCAAAGCACCGAGCGCAAAGUGCCGCAGGAGUACGACCCUAAGUGGACACACCCGUACGAGGUGCAGUCCGGCUUCACGCAUAGUAUCGUAGAACCGCCUGUGGACCUCGACACCUACUUUGACGACAAGGCCGUCGUCACCGGUCCCUUGCCCGAGACUACGCCCAUCUGCCCUUGCUGCCGACAUGCCCUGGUCACAGGUGCCAACGGUGAUGAAAGGAUCUGGGUGCUGCCAUGUGGCCACGUCAUUGAUGGACGCUGCGUGGAUCAGCUCAGCGGAUUGGCGCCUCUGACGGACAGCCUUGAAGCAGAAGAUGCCAUUCAGUCCCGGGGCGCGGCCAAAGGCAAGGCCAAGGCUUUCGAAACCGUCGAGGAUGAGCCGGCCGCCAAAGUCCCGAGAACUUCUGCGCGCACCCGUGCUACGGCCGUCAUUCCGGAGGCCAAGGAGGCGGCGCCAAAGAAGGCGAAGAAGCCCAAACGCUUCGAAUGCCCCGUUCAGGGCUGUGGGCAAAAGUGCACCAAGGAAGCUGGCAGCAAGUAUUCCGCUUGGGAGGUGUUUGUAUGA